UCUAACCCAGAAACAGCCCUUUCCAGCUUCCUGUACCUAUAACUCCCAACACACACAUUUCAGUAUCCCUGAAAUCUUUUGUGUUCCCAUGGCUUGCUCUAUAGAUCCCUUGGUAGUAGGGAAGGUGAUUGGAGACGUGAUCGACAUCUUCGUUCCCACCAUCAACAUGUCUGUCUACUAUGGGUCCAAGCGUGUCAGCAACGGCUGUGAAUUAAAGCCAUCUGCCACUACCGACCCCCCAACCGUCCAAAUUUCGGGCCACCCCAAUGAUCUCUAUACUCUGGUGAUGUCUGACCCGGAUGCGCCCAGCCCGAGCGAGCCUGCCAUGCGUGAAUGGGUCCACUGGAUUGUCGUCGACAUUCCAGGUGGAUCUGAUCCGUCACAAGGUAGAGAGGUUCUUGCAUACGCGGCUCCCCGUCCACCCGUCGGCAUACAUCGAUACAUCUUCAUGUUGUUCCAGCAGAAGAUCCCAACCGGUGGUUCGGUCCAGCAGCCAGCAGCACGUAAUAAUUUCAAGACCCGGGACUUUGCCGAUCAGUAUGGGCUUGGCCUACCCGUCGCCACCGUCUACUUCAAUGCCCAGAAGGAGCCCAUGAACAAGCGCCGUUGAAUCCUCCUUUCGGUGGGCUAUCUAUACAAACUACUGUUUCUUCUCUUUCUUUCACCUUUGUCUUAUUACAU